AUGCCACAAGGAGAUUACAUCGAGUUGCAUACUAAAAGAAAUGGAAGGAGACUUGACCAUGAAGAAAGGUCAAGGAAGAGAGAAGCAAGGUCAAAGCAUCUUAUUGCCAAGAAUGCUAAAUAUCUGAGAGGAGUCAAAGCUAAAAUAUUUGCAAAGGAGAGGUAUAAGGAAAAGGUAGAGAUGAGGAAAAUGAUUAAAGCUCAUGAAGAGAAAGAUGCUACUGUCAAAGAUAAGCAGAAGACUGAUGGAGCUAUUCCAGCUUAUUUAAUGGAUAGGGAUGAAGUUAAUAGAACUAAGGUUUUAAGUAAUAUGAUCAAGCAAAAGAGAAAGGAAAAGGCAGGAAAAUGGCAACUUCCAUUAGAAAAAGUUAAGCCUAUGUCUGAAGCUGAAAUGUUCAAGGUAGUGAAGACUGGUAAGAGAAAGAGAAAGGCUUACAAGAGAAUGAUUAAUAAAGUAACCUUUGUUGGAGAUAAUUUCACAAGAAAACCACCGAAGUUUGAGAGAUUUAUUAGACCAACUGGAUUAAGGUUUAAAAAGGCCCAUGUAACCCAUCCAGAGCUUAAGACUACCUUCUGUCUAGAAAUUAUUGGAGUCAAGAAGAACCCUCAAAGUGCUUUAUACUCAACACUUGGUGUAAUUACUAAAGGAACCCUUAUUGAAGUCAACGUGAGUGAACUCGGUUUGGUGACUCAAACUGGUAAAAUAGUAUGGGGGAAAUAUGCACAGGUCACUAACAAUCCUGAAAUGGAUGGAUGCAUUAACGCUGUACUUCUUGUCUAAAGAUUUCAAUUACCCA